GGGCCGUGCCGCCGCCAUGGUGCAGCUCGGGAGCCGCCUCCUGAGGGGCCGCGGCGGCCACGUCGUCAUCCGCUUCGCGCUCGGGGGCUGCACCAACCGGCCGUUCUUCCGCAUCGUGGCGGCCAACAGCAGGCGGGCCCGCGACGGGAAGUACCUGGAGCAGCUGGGCUGCCUCGACCCGCUGCCCAACGCGCACGGCGAGAAGGUGGCGGGGCUCAACCUGGAGCGGCUGCGCUACUGGCUGGGCUGCGGCGCGCAGCUGUCCCGGCCCGCCGAGAAGCUGCUGGGGCUGGCGGGGUUCCUGCCGCUCCAUCCAAUGACGGUGACCGGCGCCGAGAGGCUGCGCCGGCGGCGACAGCGCGAGCAGCAGCCCGAGGCUGCCCCGGCGGACGGCUCGGCCGAGCCCGGCACCAGCACCGGCACCAGCACCGGCACCGCGCCCUGACACGGCCCGGACGGGAGGGUCCCGAGCGGCCCGGGGCUGUUCCGUCCCGGGACUGCUCCGGCCCGCCCAGACCCGAGGAUUUCUGCCCUGUCCGUGCAUCCGACCCCAUUAAAAUGUUACCUCUGCACUCCGCACCGUCCAUGUGCUGCUUCCUCCAGACUCCUCUCAAUCCACGUUCUCUGUUGCCACAUUUGGUGCACAGAAGAGGUUUUGCUGCUCUGGUGCUGUGUGGGAGCAUUCCAGAAGUUCCCCAGGCAGGCCACUGGCUCCAGGUGCUCUGCCUGCAGUAGUGGCACAUCCUCUGCCAGCUGCCUUUGUUUUGACUUUGGCUGUGGUUUACUGCCACAGAGCAGUACACAGACAGAUGCAAAUGGAAAUGCAGCUGGUUUUCUGUUUACUUUCUCCAGAGAGGUUCUGGGCCUGUUUGUUCAUUUAAAAACAAAAGAGAAAGAUUUCAGUCUUAUGUAAAGGGGAACUGGGGGAGUGAGUUACAAGUCCUACUGUAAAAUCCCAUAUUUCAUCCUGUUCCAAGAGACAAGAAACCCACCAAAGUCUCUCUCCUAUUUUAGACGCACCCCUAAGCUUUUUGGGGUUUCCUUUGGUGCAACUCUUAGAUGAUUCUACAAAUUCAGGCAAAGCCAGGUUUCCAGUGUUGCAUCUCCAUAAAGCUGUUAGUGUAACCAGCCCAACAGAGGAUGAGUUGACAAAACCCUUUAAAAAAAGGGCCUGGCUUCCUCUCACAAUACUGAGAAAGAGUGGUUUUAUUUCUGCUCAUGGAUGAGAGAUGAGGUGAUUAAAAGCUAUUCUUGGAAGUGA